AUGAUAUCCAAAAGGACCUGGUGUCGACGUAAAGAGUAUGAAAACCAAAAUACCGUAACAAUGACUGAACAGUAUGAUACUGAUUUCAUUUGGCUGGUAGUUGUUGGGUUUAUAGUAGCAUUUGUACUGGCGUUUGGCAUCGGAGCUAAUGAUGUUGCUAACAGUUUUGGAACAAGUGUUGGUGCAGGAGUGUUGACUAUUUUUCAGGCAUGCAUACUAGCUACAAUAUUCGAAAUAGCCGGAGCUGUGUUGAUCGGUUACAAGGUGUCUGAUACAAUGAGAAAAGGGAUCUUGGACGUCGGUUUGUACGAAGGAUUUGAAAAAGAAUUUAUGAUUGGUUUACUGUGUAGUCUCACUGGUUCUGGGAUUUGGUUGUUGUUUGCUACAGCGUUAAGAUUACCCAUUUCUGGUACGCAUUCGAUUGUUGGUGCGACUGUUGGUUUUUCACUUGUAUGCAGAGGUACUGCUGGCGUAAGAUGGAUGGCCUUAUUAAAUAUAGCUGGAUCAUGGUUCGCGAGUCCAAUACUCAGCGGAAUUGUAUCAGUAUUAUUAUUCUGGUUGAUAAAAAAGUCAAUAUUAAACGCUAGAAUGCCCCUUGAACGAGGUCUUCGUGUCCUGCCAAUUUUUUAUGGCCUCACAGUGUCUGUUAAUAUUUUAUCUGUUAUUUUGGAUGGACCAAAACUAUUGAUGAUGGAUAACUUGCCUAAGUGGGUCAGUGGAGUAGCAGCGGUGGUAGCAGGUUUACUAUCCGGCCUGAUAGUCCUAAUGUUUGUGGUGCCGGUUCAGCGUCGCCGGAUAAUGCUGAGCAACGCUCUGGACCCGACGAGUUUCGGUGCUUGUGACAGCAAAAAAGAAACAACGCCUUUGUCGGUGAUAACUGAGACCCCGAACAUGACCAACAAGGUGGUAAAGUCUGGUGAGCAGCCAGGUCUUAGAGGAAACAACAGUGCGAGUCCUCUGUUACUGACAACCGGCGGAACUGAAAUCUGCGACGAGGGCAUCACCGACCCGGUAGACACCCAGAAUCACACAGAAGACAAUCCUGAGGUCGCGAAAUUAUUCUCCUUCCUCCAAGUCCUCACUGCAGCUUUCGGGAGCUUCGCACAUGGUGGUAACGACGUUAGCAAUGCCAUCGGACCUCUCAUAGGUCUCUGGGCUGUCUACGCUGAAGGAUCUGCUAAACAAGAGACUGAGACACCACUGCUGAUUCUUCUCUACGGAGGAGUCGGCAUUUCUGUUGGAUUGUGGAUCUGGGGUAGACGCGUCAUUCAAACUCUGGGUCAGGACCUUGCUAAAAUUACACCCACUACUGGUUUCACUAUCGAAAAUCAAGACCACAAACUUAAACAAAAAUUAAAUUACUCAAAUGCCGGUAGAAUUGUUAGUGACUCGAGUGUUGGAACGGGAAGACGUCCCGUCGAUUCAAAGUCAUCAGCUUACACCCAGGAGUCCCCUAACGAAGUUAUAUACGACCCCUCACUGACUUAUGGGAGAUCAAAAGGAUACGCUUAUCGUCAAGUAAUACCGCAUUAUGUAUUGUACGCUCAAAAGUGCCUGAAUUUCAAGGCCUUUUUCCGCCAGAGUGUUCCCAAUUCCCCGGCUGAGUAUCACAGGAUACGUCAUGUUAAUAUUAUUUAUUUUCUUGAGGAUGACACGAUCUCAGUUAUGGAGCCCGCGGUUGACAAUGCGGGUUUUAAGCAGGGCAGGCUGGUACGUCGCGGUAAAAUUCCUAAAACCAACGGCGAGUUUUAUCAUUGGAAAGAUUUAAAUGUUGGUAUUGAUUUAGUUUAUCACACGGUGGACUGUGAUACCUUCACUGAAGAAUUUAUGCGAAGCCAGGGAAUUGAUUUAGGAGAAAAAGAGACCCCACCACCAGACUCUUACACUCAGGAGCGUGUCGCCAAAGAAAAUGCUUCACGAGCAGCAUUAUCAGCGACCCGACGAACCCGUCCAGGUGUCGAAGAUCCAAGACGGAGAUUUCUGGAGUUUGACGGGAUGGUUUUGACCUUCGACGCGACCUGGAACGACGACCGCUAUCAGGUUUUGUAUUUUUUGACGGAUGACACCAUCGCGGUGCGGGAAAUUCAGGCGACUAAUUACGGAAAAGACCCAUCAAGGUUACUCUUAAAGAGGAUGAAGGUUCCCAAAAAUUGGAGCGAUGUUCCCAAUUCCUUUCCGAGUAUUUACAUGGAAAGAGAUGAUAAUAAUGGUGACUUUUAUUCGCCGUCUGAUUUAAAGGUUGGAGAAACAAUUUUUAUCUUCGGUCGUAAAUUUUAUCUUUAUGACUGCGAUAAUUUCACGAGAAAGUAUUACAGUGAAAUGCUUAAUAUUCAACAGCCGGCGCGACUGUCGGCGGGAAUUGAUAAUGAUGAUCAUUAUUAUAACUCGGAAGCAAGAAAACGCUCACAAAAACAAAUUAAGGAUAAUAAUAAAGACGAUGUGAUAAGGAAGAUAUUUAAUCAUCCAAAAAAGCUUCGGUACUUAGUGAGCAUGAUUGCUGUGCACCCGGAAGAUAAAGACCGUGAGUUUGUUCUCGAGUACAGUCUCGGUGAUGGGAAAAUAAAAAUAACCGAAAUAGAUAAAAGGAACUCUGGACAUCGGGGUGGAUGUUUUUUGGCGGCAAUGCUCGUACCCAAGAGUAAAAUUUAUCGAGCUGACACUGACAAUGAUCAAGUUGUUUAUUACACUCCAGAGGACUUUUUUAUUGGAGCUGAAAUAAAUAUUUUUAAUCACAGGUUUGUAAUCACUGGGGCUGAUUUAUUUGUACUCAAGUACGUGGAAGCUAACAGAGAUAAAUUUCCCAACUAUGUUGUUGAUAAUAUUAAAAAUUAUUUUGAUAAUCAAGCUACUUCUAGUGAUGAAUUUAUAAGAGAAUCUGCUUUGGAUAAAUUGGAAAACUUGCACUUACAAGAACCGAUUUAUCCUGCUAAAGCUGCGGAUCCUCCGCAAGCGCAGAGAAUUAUUGAAAAUUUGCAGACUAACUCGGGUGGAGAUUCUGAAAACCGACCAAUAGCGAUUCGUCCCAAGAGGCCGUAG